UUGUUUCUCUUUUUUUUUUUUUUGUUUGUUACCAUCCCCCCACUUAUUAUUUAGUUUAUCAGUUUUUUAAAAUUUAAUUUUUUUUUUAUAUUUAAGUUUAUUUUUCUUUUAAAUAAUAUUUAUAUGUGAAAGAAAUAAUCAACAACAAUUAAUAAAUAAAAAUUAAUUAAAAGUAACCAAAUAAACUUUAAUGUACAAAUAUAAAGAGAAAUAUGCACAAUAGUGUUACAAUAGUAAAAUAAUAAAAUAACAUUUUUCAAAAUAAAAUUACACACACUCAAACAUCAUUUAUAUAUUGAUAAAUUUUAUUAAAUUAAAAUAUAAAAAAAGGACGAAGAGUAUGUAUAUAAUAUAAGAACACAAAACAAAUAAUAAAUACAAAAAAAAAAAUCGAACUAAAAAGAAAAAUAAAAUAUAAAAAUAAUAAGUAAAAAUAAAUUACAAAAUAAACAUAAGAUAAAAGAAAAAAUUUAUCUCUUUGCUUCUCAAUUUAUUAGUUGUGUCUCCUCUCCAUAAUAAAGUCCAGAGAAUCUUUAGAGAAAAAUUUCAAAAAAAAUAAAACAUAGAAACAUAUAAAAGAUUGAGUAAAAGAAAUUGGUGAGAAAAAUAAAAGAGUAAAAAGCAGAAGAAUAAGCAUAAGUGAAUAUCAAAACAAUAACAAAGAGCAGAACAGUAACAAAACAAUAAGAGAACAAUAGAAGAAAAUCAAAACAGAAAACAACAAGAAAAUCUUUUAAGAGAAAAAUUUAGUUUCUUUUUUAAUUUCUUCUUUUUUAUUUUACUGUAAUUGUUUUUUUUUGUUCUCAUUCUUUUCAUUUCAUUUAUUUUUUUUUUUUUUUAUGUUUUUAAACUUAUAGUUUAUUUUAUUUAUUAUUUUUUUUUUCAUUUCUAAAAAUAAAAUAUAAACUUUAAGUUUUCGAAAUUUAAAUUGAAAUCUUGAAGAAACGAUUAAAGUUAAAAACGAAAAAAAAAAACAACAAUAAAAUACAACAACUGAACAAUAACAAAACAACAAUAAUAAUUUAAAAAAAAAAUACAUAAUACAAAACAAUAAUAAACAAACAAAUAAAAGAAAAAAUAAGAGUAACAAAAAAUAAAAUGAAAAUAUUUCUUAAAAAUCUGAUGCUGGCUUAACAAUUAAAAUAAAACCAAAAAGAAAAAGACAAUAUAUAUACAAGAAGAACAAACAAGAAUAAUAAAAAAAACAAAAAAUCAAAAAGAGAAUAUAAUAAUAUAUUGUAUACCUACAUGUAUAUAUACAUAAAUACAAUUAUAUAAUAUACAUAAAUGUGUAUAAAUAACAUAUACAUAUGUAUGUAUAAGAACCCUCAAAGACUUCUGUAGCAGAUAUCAACUACAAAAAAAAUUCGUAUUAUAUCAAAAAUAUUAUUAUAAUAAUAAAUUAAUUAUUUAAUAAGUGUUAUUUUGUAAAGAAAACCAAAAACAAUAAAAUAAAAUAAAAUAUACUGUUAAAAUUAUAUAGAAGGAAAACAAGUAGAAAUAUUAUCAACACUAUUUCAAAAUGAAGAUGGAAACUAGCCAUAUUUUCUGGUCAAUAUUUUACUUUGCCUGCCUUUGUAGUGCUUCACUAGCUAAUAAUGCCAAGAUAAAUUUUCGUGAAAAAGAGAAAAAAGUUUUGGAUCAAAUUUUAGGUGCUGGAAAAUAUGAUGCCAGAAUUCGACCCUCUGGCAUUAAUGGUACCGAUGGUCCAGCUGUCGUUCGCGUCAACAUAUUUGUUCGAAGUAUAUCAAAAAUUGAUGACGUUACAAUGGAAUACAGCGUACAGUUAACAUUCAGAGAGCAGUGGAUAGAUGAACGGUUAAAAUUUGACGACAUUCAAGGUCGCCUCAAAUAUCUAACAUUAACCGAAGCUAACAGAGUAUGGAUGCCGGAUUUAUUCUUUUCGAAUGAAAAGGAAGGUCAUUUUCAUAAUAUUAUUAUGCCAAAUGUAUACAUUCGUAUAUUUCCAAAUGGAUCAGUUUUAUACAGUAUAAGAAUAUCCUUGACAUUGGCAUGCCCAAUGAAUUUAAAACUAUAUCCGUUGGAUAGACAAAUUUGUUCUCUAAGAAUGGCUAGCUAUGGUUGGACAACUAAUGAUCUUGUGUUCCUUUGGAAAGAAGGUGAUCCAGUUCAAGUUGUUAAAAAUUUACACCUACCUCGCUUUACAUUGGAAAAAUUUUUGACUGAUUAUUGUAACAGUAAAACUAAUACUGGUGAAUACAGUUGUCUUAAAGUCGAUUUACUAUUCAAGCGAGAAUUCUCAUACUAUCUUAUUCAAAUUUACAUUCCAUGCUGUAUGUUGGUUAUUGUAUCAUGGGUAUCUUUUUGGUUAGAUCAAGGAGCUGUACCAGCACGAGUAUCACUUGGUGUCACUACUCUUCUAACCAUGGCAACACAAACAUCUGGUAUCAAUGCAUCUUUACCACCUGUAUCAUAUACAAAAGCAAUUGAUGUCUGGACUGGUGUAUGUUUGACAUUUGUAUUUGGAGCUCUACUAGAAUUUGCUCUAGUGAAUUAUGCGUCACGUUCAGCUAACAACAAAUAUAUGCAUAGAGAAAAUAUGAAGAAAAAACGGCGAGAUUUAGAACAAGCCAGCUUAGAUGCAGCUUCCGAUUUAUUGGAUACUGACAGUAAUGCAACAUUUGCAAUGCAGAAGCCAUUAGUUCGUCAUCCUGGUGAUCCAUUAGCAUUGGAAAAAUUACGUCAAUGUGAGGUUCAUAUGCAACCACCAAAACGUCCUAAUUGCUGCAAAACAUGGCUAUCCAAAUUUCCAACAAGACAAUGUUCUAGAUCGAAGAGAAUCGACGUUAUUUCAAGAAUAACGUUUCCACUAGUAUUCGCCCUAUUUAAUUUGGUUUACUGGAGCACAUAUCUCUUCAGGGAAGAGGAUGAUGAAUAAAAAGUUUUAUUUUUAAGUAAUUUAAAAAAAAUUAAAAACAAAAAAAAAUUAAUAUAUAUAUAUAUAAUUAUAAAAGGAAAAAAGUUAAAAUAAAAAAAAAUAAAAAAAUAAAUAAAGAUAUUAUAUACAUAAAAUAAAAUAUUCGUCAAAAUGAAAUUUAAAGAUUAAACUAAAAAUGUGAAUUUUAUCAAAUAGAAAUUUUUAUAUUAAUAUUGAUUAAAAAAUUAUUUCAUGAAUUAAAAGUUAAAACAGUUAAAAUUAUUAUGAAAGCUUAUGAAUUCUGUUUUUAACAACAGUAAUCGUCCGCCGUUGAGUGUUAAAUUCAUUAUAUGAAUUUGACAUUUCAUUAUGUGGCUUCAAGAGUCGAAGAAAUCAUGCCAUAUAUUAUGCGAAAUGUAUUUGUAGCAAACCAGAA